AUGCCGAAAAAUGUUGCUAUUAUAGGAGCUGGGCCAGCUGGAUUGGGUACUGCUAGAGCGUUGCUCAACAAUACUCCUUUUGAGGUAACUAUCUUUGAACAAGCAGAUCAGAUAGGUGGUCUUUGGUAUUAUGGAAAUGGUUUAAGAGAUUCAAGCAUGUAUGACCACCUUGAGACUAAUCUUAUGAAACAGAUUAUGGCGUUCAAUGGGUUUCCAUUCCCUGAAUAUGAUCCUACGUUUCCUUCGAGACAACGUGUCUGGGAGUACCUUCGGCUUUACUUUCUGGAGUUUAUCAAAGGGAAGGCCAAGGUGUUUCUCAAUAACAAGGUGACUUCCUUAGAAAAGGUGAAGGAACCACAAAAGUGGGAGUUGCGUGUCGAAAAUGGGCAAGUUUACACAUUUGAUUUUGUUGUUAUAGCGAAUGGGCAUUACGUGAAAGGUUAUACCCCGCAGAAUAUUCCUGGGCUCGAUAAAUGGAGAGCAAAGAGUCCGGAAGCAAGUGUUCAUUCUAAAUGGUUUACUAAUAGUGCAUAUGCCAGAGGCAAGACUAUAGUGGUUGUUGGAAAUGGGGUUAGUGGUCAAGAUAUCGCGAAUCAGCUUUCUACUGUUGCUUACAAAGUAUACCACAGUGUCAGGAAUGUUUCCAGCACCGAGUGGCCAUCAGAAUCAGUUAUAGAGGCUGUGGGUGUCAUAACAGAAAUCAAUCCAGAAACUAGUACCAUCACAUUUGACACUGGUGAUAUUGUCCAUAACGUUGACCAAAUUAUUUGGGCUACCGGGUAUCGUUAUGACAUCCCAUUUUUGAAAAGCUAUAGAGAUAUCUUGUUUCCUAACGAUGGUCUUAACGGCGCUGACAAAAUUCACAACUUGUGGGAAAAUCUCGUUUUCACCAGGGACCCAACUUUAUCGUUUCCAUUACUAGUUAAGGGUGUAGUAACAUUCCCUGUGGCAGAGAUGCAUGGAUGCCUAAUUUGUCAGGUGUAUAAUGGCAAGAUUACCCGUGAAGAAAUGUCAUAUGGUAACAACUGUCAGUCCGUUGAUAUCGAUUUUAAGAGCUGUGCAGAUAUGGAUUAUUGUAAACGGCUCAAUGAAAUUUUAGACACUCACCAUAGCUCUCGCGAUAAGUUCGAACCGGUACGUUGGGAUAAGAAUAUGAUCAAAAUGCGUGGUGUGACGGCAGAGCUCAAGAAGUUAAGGACCGUGGAACUCUUACACAGGGCAAUAAAUCUAAGAAAAAUAGGCAUAUCCUACACUCUUUGA